AUGAUUCAACUAAGCACUCUCCUCCCUCUCCUGCGUUUCAGACGCCGGCUGCGACCCAGCAGGGACGCCGCCAGCGUGAGCGAUGCAGGAGAUGUUCAAGACGGCGAGAGGACUAUGCGCAGGGAGGUGAAGAAACUUGUGGCGACGGUCCCUGACGCAAGCUCCAGAAAGGCUUUUGACAAGGAAAUGAAAUCUUUCCUUGCUUUACAUGACCGCUACUUGACAGAGCGGUCAAGACAUCGAGAGCUUGACUGGAAUCAGAUUGACAUUCCCUCCAAAGAGCAAAUUAUCCCAUACGACAACUUACCGCAGGUAUGGGACACCAAGGUCCUGCACAAACUCGCAGUCCUCAAAUUCAAUGGCGGAUUAGGAACUUCCAUGGGUAUGUCGGGAGCGAAAAGCGCGCUGGAAGUAAAAGACGGCCAGUCUUUCCUGGAUCUUACCGUGCGCCAAGUCGAGCAGUUCAACAUCGCGCACUGCGUCGAUGUGCCGCUGCUGCUCAUGACCUCCUUCAAUACGCACGAGGACUCCCUCCGCAUAACCAAGAAAUACGCGAACAGCAGGCUGCGAAUAAUCACCUUCAACCAAUCGCGAUAUCCGCGUAUACUCGAAGACACUAUGCUGCCAUUACCGCAAUCUGCGGAUGACGACAAUAAGGCAUGGUAUCCGCCAGGGCAUGGCGAUAUCUACUACGCAUUGGCCCAGUCUGGCGUCCUUGAUCAGUUGCUGAAAGAGGGGAAGGAAUACCUGUUCAUAUCCAACUCCGAUAAUGUGGGGGCAACUGUCGAUCUUCCUAUUUUGCAACACAUGGCCGACUCCCAGGCAGAUUUCAUUAUGGAAGUGACCAACAAAACAAAGGCCGAUAUUAAGGGCGGGACUCUGAUCGACUAUGAUAAUUCCUUACGCCUGCUCGAGAUUGCGCAAGUACCCGCAGAACACGUAGAAGACUUCAAAUCCGUCUCAAUGUUCAGGAUAUUCAACACGAACAAUCUGUGGAUCAACUUAAAGGCCCUGAAACGGGUGCUAGCCAACGGCGGCAUGGAACUCGACAUCAUCGUCAACCCCAAAGUCACCGGGGACGGUCAGUCCGUGAUCCAGUUGGAGACAGCAGCGGGCGCCGCAAUCAAGCACUUCGACAACGCGCUGGCCAUCAACGUCCCCCGCACGCGCUUCCUACCCGUGAAGAGCUGCUCCGACCUGCUCCUCCUCAGGAGCGACCUCUACACACUGCGGAACGGACAGCUCGUAGCGAACACAGCCCGCAUGUUCGAGACCAUGCCGGUCAUUACCCUUGGGGACAAGUUCAAGAAGAUCGAGGACUUCCAGAAACGCUUCAAGAACAUCCCGAGUCUGCUCGAGCUCGACCACCUGAGCGUCGCUGGAGACGUGUACUUCGGCCGGAACGUCACCUUGAAAGGCACAGUCAUCAUCGUGGCCAACGACGGACAGCGCAUAAACAUUCCCGACGGAUCCACGCUCGAGAACCGUCUGAUUACCGGAAACUUCACUGUCAUCGACCUUUGA